AAGAUGGCCGCUCCCUUAGAGGCAACGCUGCUUCUAUAACCGAAUUUACUGUAAAACGUGUACAGCUUGUAUUUAGCCGCCCUUCUCAGCGGAGUGUUGUAGCAGUGGUGUCAGAGAUGAAGACCUUCUGUGGAAGAGCCAACCCGACCUCGGGAGCUUUAGACUGGGUGGAGGAGAGUGAGGAGUACGACUAUCACCAGGAGAUAGCCAGGUCCUGUUAUGCAGACAUGCUUCAUGACCACGACAGGAAUGUGAAGUACUACCAGGGCAUCCGUGCAGCCGUAGCCAGAGUAAAGGCCCGUGGCGAGAAGGUCAUCGUCCUGGACAUCGGGACGGGAACGGGCCUCCUGUCCAUGAUGGCCGUCACUGCCGGAGCUGACUUCUGCUACGCUGUGGAGGUUUUUAAGCCCAUGGCCGAGGCGGCACAGUGCAUUGUGGAGAAGAACGGCUUCUCUGAAAAGAUCAAGAUUAUUAACAGACACUCCACUGAUGUCACUGUGGGGCCAGAUGGAGAUAUGCAAAUGAAGGCCAAUGUUCUGAUCACAGAACUGUUUGAUACAGAGCUGAUAGGUGAAGGAGCCCUGCCCAGCUAUGAACAUGCUCACCAGAAUCUGGUCCAGGAGGGUUGUGAGGCGGUUCCUCAUCGGGCUACCGUCUACGCCCAGCUGGUGGAGUCGGAGCUGCUGUGGAGCUGGGCUCAGCUGCAGCCGGUGGAGGUGGAGGGGGCCCGUCUGGCCCCGCUGCCCGAUGUGAGCCGCUGUGCUGGAGCUCAUUCGGUGUGUGACAUCCAGCUGAGCCAGGUGUCACCGCUCAGCUUCACCCCGCUGAGUCCUCUCUGCACCAUGUUCAGUGUGGAUUUCAGUAAGCCAGUAAGCAGCGCAUUCCGGUCCCACUCCUCCCAGUUUGUGGCUCAGUCUGGAGGUCGAGCCCAGGUCGUCCUGUCCUGGUGGGACCUCGACAUGGACCCCAGUGGAAGCAUUGUGUGCACCAUGGCUCCCAGCUGGACAUACCCACAGCCAAAGAUGGCUCCAUGGCGGGACCACUGGAUGCAGAGUGUCUACUUCCUGUCUGUGGAGAGGCAGGUUACAGAAGGAGAGGAGCUGAGUCUGACUGUCUGCCACGAUGACUACAGUCUGUGGUACAGCCUGCGGUCUCACAGCCAACAGGACCCACAGACUGACGCUCUUCCCUCUCGGCCGUGUUGUACCUGCCAGGCUCACCUGGUCUGGACCCGGCCACGCUUCGGUGAACUCAACGACAGACGGCGCACGGAGAACUACGUCAGCGCACUGCGCAGCGUUCUGAGGGAGGACAGUGUGUGUCUCGGCGUCAGUGAUGGAAGUCUGCUUCCUGUGUUUGCACACAUGCUCGGAGCUAAAAAGGUCUACAGUUUGGAAAGCUCCAGGAUGUCCAAACAGGUUAUUGAGCAGAUGUUGGAGGCCAACUCGAUGAAAGGAGGUGUUGAGCUGCUGGAGAUCAGGCCUGAACAGCUGACCACUAAUGAUCUAGGAGCAGAACAGAUCUCAGUCCUGAUGGGUGAACCGUACUUCAGCACCAGCCUCCUGCCGUGGCACUCGCUGUUCUUCUGGUACUGUCGGACCGCCCUGGCCGGCCUUCUCCGGCCCGACGCCACCAUCCUGCCCUGCUCUGCCUCACUCCACAUGAUGGCUGUAGAGUUCCAGGAUUUGUGGAGGAUACGAGCCCCGUGUGGAACAUGUGAGGGCUUUGAUGUCACACCCAUGGAUGAAAUGGUCCAGCGCUCUCUGGAUUUCCACGAGUCACGCGAGGCAGAGCCCCACCCUCUCUGGGAGUACCCGUGCCGUGCUCUGACCCAGUCCGCAGAGGUCAUGACCUUUGACUUCACACAGUGUCUCCCUCAGAGGCCAAUCAGCUGUCAGGGCUCGCUGCCUUUCAUAAGGAUGGGUCGUUGCCACGGUGUUGCAUUGUGGAUGGAAUAUCAUCUAACUGAUGACAUCACUGUCAGUGCAGGUCUGAUAGGACCAAUCAGUGAGCAGGGGGAGUGUGAGUGGAGUCGACACAGGAAACAGGGAGUGUAUUUUCUCAGGUCACCGUGGGAGAGCUCAGGUGAUGGCAGAGCCGCCGUGUCUUACAGCUUCACUUUUGAACCCACUUCAGGAGACAUUAAGAUGGACUUCAGCAUCGAGUCUCAGUGACGUGAAGCAAUCUGACUGAAGAACAGACUUUUGAUGCUUUUACCUCCAGCCAUUGUUUGCAUUUUUGCCAUUUUGGGUGCAUAUUUAACUUUGUUGGUGCAGGCAGUAUGGUUUUAUUGUUACGACUGAAGCUGCUGUAACUCAAUUUCUAAAAAAUAACAAUGUGCCCAUUAUCAUCACCAAAACUGACAAGAAUACAAUGAUUUAAGGCCGUGGAGCACCUUAACUGUCCACCACAGAAUGCUAUCAAUGAUUAAUCAUUCUGAUUCGUAUUAGUGGACCCCUAUAAAGCAAUUAGUAAAGUAUUUAGCAAUUCUACUAUAAAAUCACAUCAAAAGUGGAUGUGACUGACUGGCUAAUGGAUGUUCAGUGAAAUUAGAGAUGCAAAAUGGUAUGCGUUUCAGUAACCUAUUAGGGUCACCACAGCAAAAUAUCUGUAGUUUGUGUCGACCAACAGCUUUUGUGGAUUAAUGGGUCAGCCACCUAGCAAAGCCAAAUGUGUUGUUAUAGAAAUGUUUUCUAAAGUUUUAUAUUGGUUGUCCAGUGUUUGGUAUCUUUGUCAUAGAGUUUCCAUAAAGGAAUUUUACUUCUUUUUGAAGUACAGACUGCAACGAUGAGCAGGGCAGUGACAACCUGCUGAGCUCUUCCCAGCUAAUACUACUUCAAAGACUGUUAAAUGUUGGACACUGUCCGUGUUCACUGAGAAUCGCUCGUCGUCAUUUGUGGUCCUGGUAUCCCAACAGUGAUGGAGUAAUGUGCUGAUACAUACUGUAUGAAAAUGUACCAUAAGAUGACUAUUAGCCACAUUCAGUGAAAUAAAUGGAAUGCCUAUA